CACACACACACACGCUCCACACUACUCCGCGCUCCCGCACUGUCGCUCUGUUCAGGGUGGAGCAGGCAGCCUCCGCCUCCGCCUCGGCGUCAGCGUGCUGCGGGAAGUCGCUCGCUCGCUCGGUCGCGGGGAAUGGUGGUCGGCGGGUGAAGCUUCUCUCCGGUCAGGAGACAUGGAGGACUCGGAGAGCAACGCGGAUGACGGACUGCUGGCCACCUGGAGAUGGAGCCGCAACGCGCGGGAGCAGGUACAGCUGAAGCAGAAGAUCAGAGACCUGCCCGGUUUACUGAAGCACGGCUUGCAUUUGAGAAAGAAGAGCCAGUCACCUGACACUGUCCCCGGACCCAGCGCUGGCGUCCACACCAAGUCCAAGCAGUCAUGCUCUCAGAGUUUUCCGUGUGCAGGCCGCGCACUGAGAAAUGCAUUUCUGUCCCAUGGCCCGUAUCCAGCCAAAGACAAGAUCCACUUGGCGCGGAUCAUCAGGAGGAGUUAUGUUGGUGUGGAGCUGGUGCAGUGGCUGCUGGAGCAGUGUGUGUUUGUCCAGUGCAGGAUGAUGGCAGCGCGGGUUUGGCAGGUGCUGCUGGAGCUCGGCAUCCUGCACUCAGUGGACCAGCGUGUGGUGUUUGAAGACUCCAACACCUACUACCAGUUCUCAUUCGAGGAGUGCGACACGCAGGGCUGUGAGUUUCGCUCGGAGGAGGAGUGGCAGAACGGAGUCCGACUGCUGAUGCAGCUCGUCCCCUACGUCCAGUUCAGGGUGGUCAGUCCUCCCGAAGAGGAUCCCGAAGGAAAGCGGGAUAUCUGCGGAGAAAUUCUGCAGAUGAAAGCUUUGGAAAGGCUUACGUCCACGGUACAAAACGAGCUAGCUGCCGCACUGGCGAGGAAGGCACGCAAAUCGAUGUCUGAGGAUGACAGUUCUGAGACAGGAGAAAGUUCAACACAAGAAGCGCAGAAACCAGCCGAAGACAAAGCCAAGCAGGGUGGUGUGUGUGCGCUGAGGUCCCCAGAUGAGUUUUCACGCUUGGAGAUGGUGCAGAGGCUGGCCAAGGACGGGUGCCGCUUCCUCCAGAACCAGAACUACAGACUACCUGAACGCUCAGCACAGGCUCAGGGUGAAGGAGCGGUGCGGGUGUGUCUGAAGGAGAGGGGUCAGGAUGUGCUGGUGCUCCAGAGAGUGGCGUCUGAUCGAGCAUCGCCUCAAACAGCGGGAGGAGUCAAAGAAGACGACGGCGAUAGGAGGUACGUUGUGGUGUCCGGGACACCUCAUAAGAUCCUGGAGCACCUGCUGAGUGACCUGAGGCUGGACGAACACCAGGGGGCGACGGAGGGCAAAGAAGCCGAGAUGCUGCUGGACGACUUUUUGCUCACUUAUCUCGUCUUCAUGUCCACCAACGACCUCUGCCAGGCGCUGCUCGGACAUUACUGCACUAAGCGCUGCCGUGGUAAGGAAGAAGGAAAGGAGGCCCUCUACAGGAAGAGGAAAGUCCUGCACCUUGUGUCCCAGUGGAGUUCUCUGUAUAAAGAUUUCCUGCGGGAGGAGGAGCACGUCAAACUCUUCAUGAAGACACUGUACCGCUACGUGCUGGAGGACGUCUACGAGUUCCCCACACUGGAGAAGGACCUGAAGGAGUUCCAGAAACUUCUGCGCCGCAGACACACUGUGGAUGAUUAUUCACCUCACCAAAAGAACAAAGCCCUUUUCCAGCAGCUGAGUCUGAGAGAGAACGGCGUCCAGCUCCGCGGAGCUCACAGUGACCACCGAGAAGUGAUGUGUCAUGUGUACGUGAGCUCAGACUCCUAUCUGAGUGUGAGAGUGAGGACGACAGUAGUGGCUCAGGAGCUCCUACAUGUUGCGGCUCAGAGGAUGGAGAAACCUAUAGAGGACAUGGUGCUGGUGGCCCAGACCUACAGCGGAGAAAAACGCGUCCUUCAGCCUCACGACUGCAUUUUCUCCGAGUCUCUGGCUCUUCCUGGGAGACUGAUGGCCUGCUGGAGAGACCUGAAUGAGAUUCUGCCUCCUUUAACGGACUGCGUGGAACUGGCACAGCGGGCGUCACGUCUCCUCGGCAUCAACACGUGGGACGUUUCCGUGGCGCUCACCAACCUCGACUGGAGCCUCUUCAACUCUGUACACGAGCAAGAGCUGGUGUACUACACCUUCAGCCGGCAGGCGAGCAGUGGCCACACGGUGGCGCUGGAGCAGCUCCUGCAGCGCUGUAACGAGGUUCAGCAGUGGGUCAUGUCCGAGGUCCUGCUGUGUCCUUCGCUCGGAAAACGAGUCCAGCUGCUCAAGAAGUUCAUCAAAAUCGCUGCACACUGUAAAGCACAAAGGAAUUUGAAUUCCUCCUUUGCCAUCAUUAUGGGCCUAAACACAGCAGCAGUCAGUCGACUCAAUCAGACCUGGGAGAAAGUUCCUGGCAAAUUCAAGAAGCUUUUCUCCGAACUCGAGUUGUUAACUGACCCGUCUCUAAACCACAAAGCCUACAGAGACGCCUUCAGGAAGAUGAAGCCGCCUAAAAUCCCCUUCAUGCCCCUGCUGCUUAAAGACAUUACUUUCAUUCAUGAGGGAAACAAAACAUUUCAUGAUAAUCUCGUCAACUUCGAGAAACUGCACAUGAUUGCAGACACCGUCCGUCUCAUACGUCACUGUCAGACUGAGCAAACCGGAAGUGAAGUUGCCCCGAGCGACAGCGUGGACGUGAGAUCCAGCGUGCACUACCUUCACAUUAUCGACAAUCAGCAGACUCUGUUCGAGCUGUCGCACAGACUGGAGCCGCGAGCGUAACAUCACCACCUGCUGGAUGUUCACCAGAAAUGCAGCAGCGUCUCUCUCUCUCCCUCUUCUCCUUCUCACCGUGACACUACGUCGUUUCUCUCGUUCCUUGUAAAGCCGAUUCUCACCGAGGGAUCAUGUCCAAUUCCUCAGCACUGACUGAACAAAAACUCUCUCGCAUUUUAGUGGCAUGCUCGUUUGACUAUACUCGUCUGACCACUAGAUGGAGAGGUUGAGCCUCUUCAUGAAAUACCAAUAGGAGUCAGAUUAGGAUCCUGUGGUGUUUAUGAUGCUUUUAUUGUCUCUGCCGAGUCACUAGUCGAUAGUCGCAGUGUGGACGAGCCACGUCAGACGUAUGAAGAUUUUUGAAGUCACUACUUUUUUUCAAUGUUCUAUAUCACGUCUCCACACCGGAGCGUACUGUGCUGUUCUUCUAUGUGUGUGUCAACUAUAUUACAGUUGAGACGUAAUAUCGGGACACGACCCAGACGUUUGAGACGUCACACGCGCUUUCAGGGACACGCCUGAGAUCCAGGCCUCGAUACUGGGUGAAAAAGCAGGACAGAGACGAGCACAUGCUACGUCUGGCCCCAGAGUUGUCAAACCCAGACUUUGUCAUUCUGAAUAUCGUCAGUCAUCGUGAUAUUUGUUCGAACCUUUCCAGCGGAAGCGGUUUUAGACCCAGCUUCCUUAACACAGUAUUAUUAUCGGAUACAUGGUUCUGUUUUGUUUUAUUUUCUGUGCAAUGCUUCAGACUCCUGAUGCGGUUGUUAACAGAGUGCAGUGUUCGCUUCGUGCUUCACAUGAGCCAUCAGGUUUACUUUCACUGAUGCCACAUUGGACCGGAUCGAUUUUAAGCAACUUACAUUUCGUUUUCGUUUCGGUUUUCGUUUCGCUGCAUGCGUGCACAUAAUGUAUUGCACUUAUUAAAUCUUUGUUUAUACAGUAAUGUGUAAUAUUGUAUAUUAAGUUAUAUAAAUGUACAUGUUUAUCGUGAGGCAUCUGCAUACAUAUUUGAUUUUUUGUGCCAAAUAUUAUUAUUAUUAUUAUUAUUAUGGGAGAGUGAUUUAAUAUUUAACAUUAAAAAAUUGUGAAACCUUAGCCUUAUGUGCAGCUAUUAGAUCUUGCUCCAGACAUUCAUUAUAUGUAUAUAUAUAUAUAUAUAUAUAUAUAUAUAUAUAUAUAUAUAUAUACAUAUAUACACACACACGCACGCACUUAUAUUUUCCUUCUGGCUUAAUGGCGAGUCCAUUUGACUCAUUUUUCCAUUUGGACUCACUCAUAAAGGGAUCAUUAACAAUAUUUCAAUUCAACACUUUUAAAAGGAAUAUAAUUUUGAAAACAGAAUUAAAUAAAAAAAUAAAUAAAGCCAUUAAUCUUUUGCAGUAUUUUUGGCUCGAUUAAAUAAACACUGCACAUUUCUUACUGACAUUUUUAUGGUGUUAGAGGACUGAGGCAUUGUUAUUAUAAUUAUUUAUUAUUAUUAUUAUUAUUAUUAUUAUUAUUAUUAUUAUUAUUAUUAUUUAUGUUUGACGAAGGAUGAUACCAGUGCAGAACAUCAUUUGUACAAAUCUCCUGUUGUAUAUAUAUAUAUCUAUAUAUAACUAUACUGUAAUAUUUUAAUAUGCUAGACUGUAUGUUUUUUUUGCAGUAACCUGGUCAGAAGAGGUCACUCCACUCAUCAAGUGUUGGGGGAAAAAAAUCUCUUUUAGAGGCUUAUUGUAUUUUGUUGCUGUUGAAUUUUUUCACACCAUGUCAGCUGGUUUGCAUGUGGUAAACACACCGACACGACAAACACACACACACACACACGAAGAUGAAAACCGCAAUCGUACAUAGGAAUAGAUAUGCUCUGUAUUAUUUAUGUAUCGAAAAACGCAAAAUGCAAAGCAAUAUGGUUACCUUUUGUGUGUUUUCCCUUUUCCGUUGCUAUAGAAACCACAUACAACUUUUCUAUAAUAUGCAUUUUUACAGCAAAUGAGUGAAUAAAACAUUUAUGUAAUAUCAA